UAUUCCGGGGAUUUGUUUCCCGGAAAAUGAUCUGAAAGGCUUCCCGGGUCUUAGAGUCUCACUUCCCACCGGACUCCCUUUCUGUCGACUGCGUCGGGCAAAAGAAGAAGAAGAUGGGAGUUGCCGCGACGCCUUAUCCCCUUCGUCCACCUCUCUCCGUUAUACUGCCAGCUUCCUCCAUUUUCUCCCCCUCCUCAUCCUUAUCUGUAAAACCCUUCCAAAACCCUAAACCCAGUUCUCUCGCUUCCUCUUCUUCUUGUUCCUUCUAUCUUCUUGGUGCCCGCUCCUUCAUAUCAUCUAUUCGCUCCUCCGCCACCAUCCGGCCGUGUUCCGCCAGGGCCCGUAAGGAUUGGAGAGUAAGGGCCGAGGGCGACGAUGAUGACGCGCCGAACCCCGACGACUACGGCUACGAGGAGGAUGAGGUCGACGAGGUUGAUAACAAGAAGGAUUACGACGUCGACUACGACGUGAUCUCGUCUUCUAGCGCCGUCGCCAUUGCGGCCGCUCCAUCGAGUGCCGACGACAUCGAAAUGGUGGAGAGCGCAAGCUUCAUCUCGACGCAGGGUUGGGACCCGGAGAUGGUCGUGGAUUACAAGAUUAACGAGGAAGAAUUCCAUAAGAUUAGCCUCCUGGACUGCGACUUCUUCAUCAGGAAGCCGCCCGAUCCCGAUAACGACGUGUACGACUUCAGGGAGAUGUAUGUUACUCCACCGGACACUGAUAUCUAUUCAAUCCCAAAGGUUUUGGCGCCCAUGCCGCAGAAGUAUAUUCGUUGUGCAAAAAGUGAGUACGCAUACUAUCAUGUAACUGAACCGCCCAUAGAUGCCCCACGGGAUCCACUUUACAAGACCAACAGAGAGAUAAUGAAGGUGUUCUUGACCAAGCAUUACCGGAACCGGAGAUCUAGCGAUUGGGAGUUUGUGUUAGAUUUUGAAGAAAUUUAUGUUAUUGAUUCAAAGACCAAAUCUAUAACUCGGGCAAAAGUUUUGGUAACUGCUCCUGGGGGAGGAAACAGGGACCGGAGGGAUGAUCUACUGGUCAUUCGUGAUAAUGGAGCAUCUUUUAAGAUAAUUCAUCAGAGCCAGAGGGAUGACCCAACCACCGUCAUAGAAAGAGAAGAAUGGAAGCGAACAAGGCAAGAUAUGGAGAAAUAUCUGCGAAAAUUCCGUGAUUUUGAAGUUUCAAAUUGGUUCUAGCUUCUGACUACUUACGAAAGUAAGCUGCAUUGUAUUUCUCUAAUGUGGAAGGCUGCCUUGGUACCAAGUGUCGACCCAUAAGAUGCCACGUUCUGAGCAGUGAAUACCACAGGCAUUGAAAAGUGAAGUUGCAAGCCUUUAAUUGCACUCCCCAUGGGCUACCGCUUCUUCUUGUAUUGUAUCUGAUUGAAAUGAUAUAAGGAAGCAGAUGUACGAGUGCAAUCCACUGAUGUUUUUUAAUCCUGAUUUUGCAUCUGGAAAACUGUUAGUAUUCUUUGAAAUGUACAUUUUCCUAUGACA